AUGUACGCGCAAGGGUCACCGGGAUAUCACACCCCGUACACGUCCCCCUAUGCCUCCCCCUACACUUCCCCCGCCAUGGGGGGGCAGCUUCCGCGUCGGCCGAUCCCCAUGCCUUCCGGUUCCGCGCCCGCCACCCCCUCCUCGGGGGACGCGCGCUUCGCCGCAUCUCACGGCUUCCAGUACAACGCGCGCGUCGCCACGGCGCUGCUGCCGUGCGUGCUGGUACUUCUAGGCGCCGGCGGGCCGCUCGUUGUAGGCACACUCGUCGCGGGGCUCAUGAUCUCCUACAUCCUCGACGCGCUGCAGUUCAAAAACGGCGCUUUUGUCGCCAUCUGGUGCACCUUCUUCACGACGGCGGCCGCGCUCGCGUUCUCCGGCCUCGGCUUCGCGCCGCACAUCCCCGUUAUAAUCUCCGUGCUGAUCCUCCUCACGGCGAUGCACCUCGUGUUCCUCUGCGGCGUCUGGGUCUCCCUCCAAUUCCGCUGGCUGCAGCUCGAGCACCCGUUUGUAGUCCUCGCGUUAGAGCGACUCCUGUUCGCGUGCACGCCCAUGACAGCCAUCGCUAUAAUCACAUACGGGCUCAUCGCCGCCAUCGGCGCGGCCCACGCGCCGUUCUACCUCAUGCCGUGCCUGUUCGCUCUCUACUGGCUCUUCUCCCUCCCGCGCGCCUCCUCCUUCAAAUCCUCCAAGCACACGCUACAGCAGCAGCAGCAGCAGCAGCAGGCCAGGCACGGAGGCAAGGAGUCGGCCCAGGAUGUGUGGAUCAUCGGAGCGAUGGAGGGGUUGUUUCACAUGAUGCUCGUGCUUUUCCUGCCGUGCGGGUUCCAUCUGGCGGUGCAUCAUAAUAGGAUCUUUGAGUCGGCGAAUGAAGCGUGCGACACGCUGCUGCUCUUCUUCGUGCCCGUGCUCUUCGUGCUGUACGCGUCGAAGAAGGGCGCGCUCAAUUGGCUCACGACUGACAAGGCCAAGCUCAAACGGGUUCAAAUUCUCAACGGGGGGUUCUCCCUGGCGGUCGUGCUCAUCUGCUUCGAGAUCCGCGUCAUCUUCACCUCCUACGGCCACUACAUUCACUUCCCGCCGCCCCUCAACUACCUGCUCGUCACGCUCGCCCUCUUUGGCCUCGGAUUCGGCUUUGCCGCGCACAUGAUGGGCGUGCUGAGGGGUGCAGUGGGGUCCGCAGUGGUGACGACCGUGCUGCUGGUGUCUGCAGUGGCUGGGUCGCUUGUCAUUGGCAUGCCUGUCACGGUGCUCCCCGCCCCAGCCAUAGCAGCAGCGUACCUCGCCCAUUACUACUCCACAGGAAGCAUCACCUCCUACUUCAUCUUUGCAGCAGCCUCGUUACUAGCAGCAGCGUGGUUCGUUAUGGACCAGUACUUCGCCCUCGUUAUAGUCUUCGCAGGCAUGACCCUCAAGGCCCUCUGCCAGGAGAUGCUGCUCGCUCUGCUGCUCGCCCUGCUGGUGCCGGGAGCUGCUUUGUUCCAGAAGAGCCAGCGAGUGGUGGGAGUCAUCGUGGUGGCGCAGGCUUUUCUCUUCUCCAGGCUGGAGUUUCUGCUGUACAACGGAGAGGCUCACGCGGAGGGGGGCGUGUACCCCGCCUUCCUGGUGCUCGCAACCACGGUGGCGGGGUUUGUCGCGAUGCGCAAGCUGCGGAUCGCAGGGAAGAUUGGAGGGGUGGCGGAGUGGGUGGGCGUGUGCCUGUACCUCGCAAAGCUGCCCAUGCUCGUGGUGCACUCGCAGGGCGUUCUUCUAGGCUCUCAGCUGCUGCUGCUUGCCGUCUCGCCUCCGUUCUUCCUUUACCAGGACAAGUCUCGUCCCGGGUCGCGCAUGAAGCCAUGGAUGGCAGUGAUGCAUGCAGCGCUCGUGCUCCUCACAGUGCUCUUCUGCCGUUACGUCAUCUUUGACGUCAUCGUCUCUGCCUCGGGUCACAAGCCCUCCCACGCUCUUCUCAUCGGCUCCCUCGGGCUCAUCGCUAUUGCUGGAUGCCUGCCCAUUGGCGCCCUGCACUUCCCCAGCAGCCUCGUGAGUGCUUGUGCCCCAUCCCCCAUCUUCUGCGAGGAGGGCGGGAGCGCUGGCAGUGGCAACCUGUCUCCUGUUCUUAAUUCUCCAGCCGCCGCUGCCCCCCGCAUGGCACGUGGUAAAGCGAGGAGGGCGGGAGCUCUGGCUGUGGCAACCUGUCUGCUGUUCCUAGUUCUCCAGCCGCCGCUGCCCCCCGCAUGGCACGUGGUGUGGGAUGAGGACCACUUCCCUGAUGACGAUCCAGAUGACUCCACCAUCUAUGGGCUCAGCAUCGAGGGGCCUGUCUGGCCCGUGUGGCUGCUGCUGGGAACCAUUGUAUCUGCCCUGACAGCAUUCUUCUCCGCUAUCCCCAUCGCCAAGGUCGAAUCCGUUCGGCUCAUCUACUCAGUGGCCAUCGGCCUAUCAACCGGCAUCUACCUCGCAGCCAAGUUCAUUCCCCUCGCACCCUUCCUCUGCCGCCUCCUCCUCCUCGCCGCCUCCGUCCUCGCCGCCCUCUUCCUCGUCCUCACCCACCACCCCACCGCCUGGAGCGGGCGGCUCAUGCCGCCCCUCUUCGCCGCCCAGAUCCUGCUAUUCCCGCUGCAGUGGUUGGCGCUGGGGCGGGCGAAUUUGGUGGACAAUGGGGAUGGGGAGGAGGUUCCGGAUUUCUACGAGGAAACACGGCUGGAGACCUACGCCAACUCCCUCUCUGCCAUCUACUGCACCUUCUUCCUCCUCGCCGCCCUCAUCAUCAAGUUCAAGCUCUCAGCAGCAUUACGGGACAAAAUCGCAGGCGCCGGCGUGGGCGGUGGCCGGGCGGCAGUGGGAGGGGUGGGCGGCAAGGGUUCGUCGACCAAUGGGGAGUCGGCUCUGCCCAAGAGCUCUCCGUUUGGCCCCAAGCACAGAGCCAUACAGACGGGGCCUCUGAACCUGCUCGCGUUCUUCUUCUCGCGCAAGUCCUGGAUGCCACUGGUGGGCAACAUCAGCACCAUCCUGGCGUUCCUCCUCGCGCUCCUGCUCUCCUCUGAGUUCGCCACCACAGACAGCGCCAACCACGCCAUCUUCCUGCUCGUCCCCAUCCUCCUCCUCCUCAACCAGGACUCCCAAACCCUCGGCUCCUCUUUCACCGACCGCCACCGCUACUUCCCGCUCACUGCCGUGCUCUCAGCCUAUCUCCUCUUCACAGAUUUCCUCCUGCUGUUUUCCGAGGCCUAUUCCAGGAUUUACUACUGGGGAACGGAGUGGUUCUCAGAGGACGAUGCGUUUUUCCAGUGCGCGAAGUCGCUCCUCCUGCUGCUGCUCUGCGCGCCGAUGCACUACGUGUUUAACCGGUUCAUGUGGGAUAAUAAGCGGCGCGCGGAUUACCUGCUCCUGGUGCUGGGGCCGUUGUGUCUGCCUGCUGCCGUGCUGCCGACGGGAGGGGAUGAGCUGCCGUCGAUAAGGACGGCCGGGUGCCUUGGAGUGGUGUAUGCUGUGGUGCAGUACUUGGUUUCACGGCAGGUUCGAAUUGCAGGGAUGAAGUUCAUAUGA